AUUUACAAGCACGGGAAAAGGGACUUGUGUCAUUCAAAGAUAAAAAACAACGAACACAAUUUGCACGUCAUAUGUUAAAUAACUAUCGGGAAUAUGUCUGGACGCACAAAAUAGGAUUUUACUUAGAUGCCACGAGUUUCGUGUUAAAAACGCAUCCACUUGAUCAAGCACGUGCACCAAUAGGGCGUGUAUGGAGAUUGGCAUCUGAAGGAUUGACACGUGGAUGUACAACAAAAGGAUCAAAAGUUGGACAUGGCGGCAAAGUCGUUUACUUGAUGGUCGCAAUCAGCUACGAUAAAGGGGUGAUAAGAUGCGAACAAUACCACAAGAUGAAUGGUGAGUACUUCAAGUCAUUCAUUGAUGAUAACUUCAAGUAUAUGUUUUAACGUGCACAAAAGGACAAGAUAUUCAUACAGGACGGAGACCCUAGUCACAAUUCAAAGCUGGCUAGGGAUGCUAUGGAAAGUGUCAGCUGUACGCUUUUAAAAAUACCACCAGACAUCAACCCGAUAGAGAACUUUUUUCAUAUUGUUGGGAAAAAGCUAACAGAAGAUGUUUUCGCAUGGAAUAUAACCUUCGAAACUUAUCAACAGUUUGCAGCUCGUGUGAAAAAAACGAUUGAAGAGUUUGAUAAAGGUAUUAUUGACUCAAUUAUUUUAUCCAUGCAUAGGCGUGUGCGUGCAAUAGUGAAAUGUCAUGGUGAGAGACUCAAGUAUUGAAGAAAUUUGCUUGAACAGAGAAAACUUUCAUCACUAUCAUGGCUGCAUACGUCAUGGUUUUAUACGUGAUACAUGAGGUAUACUUUUUGUUGAUAUGUUUUCACAUUACAUAUAUACUUUUCAUUGUUUUUAACAAAAUAUACUUGCAGUGAUAAUAUAUUUGCAGGGAACGGUUAACCCCACGAUUAACCAUUAAAACGUGUCUGGAU